AUGAUAAGCGAUGAUAGUGAAUCGUCGUCGGUGAUAACGACCGAUGAGAACGGAGGAGGAGGAGGAGGAGAACACGGACAGGUUAACUCAUCGAUUCCGUAUUCGGCAGUGGCUAUUCCACCACCGCCUCCUCAUCCUCCUCCUCCUCCGCCGCCGCCGUCGAUGUACGACGCGACGGGGUUAAAUUACGGAGCUUACUUACCGACGUUUCCGAUGUUCCCGCCGGCGACGAAUCCAGCUGAUAGUUUCUUAUGCGGUGGUGGUAUAACUAAUCAAACGUUUGCGAGUAUUGAUGAUCAGCUUUACUUGGCGAACAAUAUGAGAAGCUCUUUCUCUUCUUCUUCAUCUUCUGGCUUCGACGGCUUGGCCGAGUUUCGCGAUUUUUAA